AUGAAAAUUUCACAAAUUCUUAUCAAUGGAAUUCUCGCCGCUCCUUCUUCAGAACUUCUCAAAUCUGUUCCAGGAUUGGCAGAAUUGAUGGAUUUCCAAGAAAAUUUGGAGCGAAGCGCUAGAAGCGACGGAAAUGCCUUCUUGAUCCGACAAAUGCUAGAAUUUUAUCUCUCUCAAGCUGGAUUCGACACUUCCUUGGCCGAACAAAUGCUCAACUACGGAUGUUACUGCAACUUGCUUCCGAAUAGAUUUCAGGGCAAAGGUGAUCCCGUCGACAACUUGGAUCUCUUCUGCCAGCAAUAUCAGCGAUGCUCGAAAUGCAACGUCUUCGACAACAUCGGAGUCUCCACCGACAACGGAAACAUCUGCUCCGUCGAAAACGCACUCUAUGAAAUCAGCUUCAACGCCGAAAUCCAACGACUUGAUUGCAGCUCAACUGCUUCUCAGGACUUUUGCGGCGCGAAUCAGUGCAAGUGCGAUGAAGAGCUAGCUUUUCAAUUGGCUGCUCAUGCCGAGUUUUUUGUUCAAGAACAUGCUGUCGCGGAAGGAUUUGAUUUUGCUGAUCAAUGCAUGCCUUCUGGGAACACCGGUGGAAGCCUCACCGGUCCAGGAAAUGGCUCUACAAACACUCCCCCAACUGCUCCUGGUCCGAUGCAAUGCUGCGGCGAAUACCCACGACGAUCUCCAUUCCAUCCUUUUGGCGGCGCCAAAGCUUGCUGUGAAGCUUCCGGAACUCAGUACGAUACUUUGAAUCAAAAAUGCUGCCCUUCUGGGGUUAAAAAUAUCAAUGCCCAAUGCUAG